CAUCAUGCUCUACUAAUAAUCGUAUAGGCCAAGGCUGUGCAAUUCAAAUUUUUGUUUCACUUUAUAAAAGAAGCUCACAUGCUACUCAAUUUAGCAGCUCACAUGCUGGCUAAAUUGGCUCUCAUCUCACAACUCAGGUUGCGUGGAAGGGUUCUGUUCUUGCAACUAUCAGUAGCUAUGUAGCUACGUACUCUUUGUAUGAACUAAUUUCUUUUUCAUUAAUAUAGCUUGAAGUAUUGCCCCUCAGAAAAAAAAAAAAAAAAAAAAAAAGUAUUUGCCUAGUUUCAAGGGCAUCUUACAAGUGCUCUUUUUUUCUAUGGAAGCUAGCAUUAGCUGAUAUUCUGAUAAGCUAGACUGGUCGAGGAGUGAACUCCACAGAACGUAAGGUUCAUGAACCACUUGGCGCGUGAACAGAACGCGCGGCUAUAUGGCAAGUGAAAUACUGGAUAUGAAGACGUCGUCGUGGGUCCCAUUUCUUCAGACGUCGUGGGUCCCCAGUUUCUUCAUCCUCUUCCGUCCUCUUCCGUUAACCCAGGCCAGCACUGAACACCUGCCGCACCAGUACGAACGGCGGCGUCAAGAAUCGACGAGGUGUUGAGGUAGCCGGAUUCUCUCCGGCAAGUUGGAGAAUGAUCGGAGUGAUGGUAAUCAGAAGUGGGGAAUGGCUUGCCCCGUGAGCUUCCGGCGGAGGAUGGUGGCCACUGACGGCAUGGUUUGGAGUGAAUGAGAGACGAAGUGGACUUGGGUGGCAGUGUUACUGUGUUCAUGGUUUUGUUAGGUGCUCUGUGCCCGGAUGCGGUUAGGUAACCGCGCGUGUCGGUCAGGCGCGGAAUUACGGCUUGGUGCAGGUGGACUUGGUCCACAGAACACUCUUCGGUGAUAUUGCUAGCAUUAAUCGCAGGUGGCCAGGUGCCAACUUGCCAUGUGCUGGUUCAAGAAAGUCGUCCCUUCUGUCCAUAUCAGAGGAACUCCAACAGCUUCCGUACAUAUGCUGUGUCUAUAUUAAGUUGCACCACUACUCUGAAUUCGAAGCUUGCUUUAUCUGAGGCUGUGAUCAUAUGGCUUGCAAUAUGAACAGAGGCGUUUCUUCUUCUUCUUCUUCUUCUUUUACUCCGAUUAGGUGGAGUUACGAUGUGUUCUUGAGUUUUAGAGGUGAAGAUACACGUAAUAAUUUUACUGGCCAUUUGUAUUCUGCUUUGUGCCAGAGGGGUCUUCACACCUUCAUAGAUGAUCGUGAUCUUAGAAAAGGAGAAGAGAUUGGACCAACACUUGUCAAAGCAAUUCAGGAGUCAAGGGUUUCUGUCAUUGUAUUCUCUGAAAACUAUGCAUCCUCCAAAUGGUGCUUGGAUGAACUCCUCAUCAUCCUUGAUUGUAAAGAAUCAAAGCGACAACUUGUUUGGCCCAUUUUUUACAAGGUGGAUCCUUCAGAUGUAAGAAAUCAGAGAGGCAGCUUUGCUGAGGCAAUGCAUCAACAUGAAGUGCGGUUCAACUUCAACAUGGACCAGGUGCAGAGAUGGAGGACAGCUCUUACUCACGCAGCUAGUCUAUCUGGAUGGCAUUUUCCGGACGGGCAUGAAUCCAAGUUUAUCCAAAAUAUUGUGGAAGAGAUCUCAAUUCAAGUAUCAAAUCGGACAUACUUGAAAGUUGCCAAGUAUCCCGUAGGACUGGAAUCUCGUGUCCGGGAUAUGCACGAGCUUCUAUGUGUUGAGGAAAAUGAUGUUCGCAUGGUGGGAAUAUGGGGAAUUGGAGGAAUUGGUAAGACAACUGUUGCCAAAGCUGUAUAUGGGUCCAUUGCUCAUCGAUUUGAAGGUAGCUGUUUUUUGGAAAAUGUGAGAGAAAGGUCAUUAGUGCCACAUGAAGGCUUGGUUCAACUGCAAGAAACUCUUCUUUCCAAAAUUUUAGGGGGUGUAGGAGUGAAGCUGAGCAAUGUUGAUGAUCCUGCUUAUGAAAUAGAGAAAAGACUUUGGAAUAAGAGGGUUCUUAUUAUUUUAGAUGAUGUGGAUCAUCUCAAGCAAUUAGAAAACUUAGCAGGGGGAUAUAAUUGGUUUGGUGCGGGUAGUAGAGUUAUCAUAGCAACUAGAGAUAAACAUCUGUUAAUUGCUCAUGGAGUUAAUUUAACAUACAAGGUCAAGGAAUUAGAAUUCUGUGAAGCUUUUGAGCUUUUCAGUUGGAAUUCCUUCAAAAAAGACCGACCUAAGGAUGAUUAUGUGAAACUUGUUGAGCGUGCUGUCUAUUAUACCAAAGGCCUUCCAUUAGCUCUGACGGUUUUAGGUUCUCAUCUUUUUGGUAGAAGCAUAGAAGAGUGGCAAGAUGCAUUGGAUAGUUAUGAAAGAAUUCCUAAUAAAGAAGUCCAAGAAAUACUUAAAAUAAGUUUCAAUGGAUUAGAAGAUCAUCAGAAGGAAGUUUUCCUUGACAUUGCAUGUUUUUUCAAAGGAGAAGAUAAAGAGUUUAUAAUGGAUGUCCUAAGAAGUUGUGACUUGUACCCAGUAAUAAGUAUUGCAGUGCUCAUAGAUAAGUCCCUCUUAGCGAUUAGUGAAAGUAAUGCGCUAUGUAUGCAUGACUUAAUCGAAGACAUGGGCAAGGAAAUAGUGCGUCAAGAAUCACCCACAGAACCGGGUGAACGCAGUAGAUUGUGGUUUCAUAAGGAUGUUUUACAUGUUCUAACAGAAGAAACAGGAACAAGUAAAGUUCGAGGCCUAAAGAUAGAAAUGCCCAAAAAAGAAGAGAUCCAUGUGGGUGCUGAAGCCUUGUUAAGAAUGAGGAAUCUCAGAUACUUGAUAAAUCGAAAUUCAAGCCUUGUUGGAAACAUUGGUUAUCUGCCCAACUCGUUAAGGUUCCUUGAUUGGUACAAAUAUCCUCUUGAAUCCCUACCAUCCAAUUUUAAUCCAAAGAAACUUGUUGCACUCAAUAUGCCUUCCAGCAACAUAUCACGUUUCGGACAGUCGAUCACGAAACUUGAUAGAUUGAAAUCUAUGGACUUCACUGGAUGUGAAAUGCUAAAAGAAAUCCCGGACUUCUCAGGAUUUCCGAAUUUACAGAAAUUGAUUCUUAGAGAAUGUAGGAGUUUAGUCGGGAUUCAUGAUUCUGUUGGAACCCUUGAUAAGCUUGUGAGUUUGUCUGUGCAAGAUUGCUCUAACCUUACAAGGUUUCCCACAAGACUUGGCAUGAAAUCACUGAAAGUUCUUAAUAUGAAAGGUUGCAAACUGCUGGAGAGCUUCCCUGAAAUUGAGGCUGGAACCAUGGAACAUUUGCAGAACAUAUAUCUACAGUGUUGCGAAAACCUUAAAACUCUUCCAAGCAGCAUCUAUCAGUUGAAACAUCUGCUGCAUCUUGAGGUCAGAGGCUGUCCAAAACUUCUUACAUUUCCAAUGUCAGCGACAACAUCCACCAUCAAGCAGUAUUUAUCUGAUGACAAUAAUAAUGAAGACUACUCAGUACCGGUGUUUCCUGUGCUGACGUUUUUGCGAGUCGGAGACUGCAACAUUUCAGAAUGUGAUUUCUUGAUUCCAUUUAGUUGUUUGUCCACCCUGACCUUUCUUGAUCUAUCAGGAAGCAGUUUUGGUAGCCUUCCAACAUGGAUUAUCAAGUUUGGUAACUUGCAGUGGCUCAUAUUACGCGAUUGCAAGAGGCUUCAAGAAAUUCCACAGCUUUCUCCAAGCAUAAAAGGAAUAAAUGCAAGUGGCUGCAAAUCUUUGGAAAGAUUUUCAAAAUUUUCCAAUAUUUUUGUCACGCCCCGAAUUUUGAAUAAUAAAUUCAAAUCCGAAACAUGAAUAAUUACAAUUACA